AUGACUGCAGAAUCACUGUUCGGAUCGCGCGGUGGUGGCACUAGGUAUUCGCCGGGUCCGUUUGGUGGGAUCGGCAAUGGGGGUAGCGGUGGUGGUGGUGGUGCAAGUGGUGGUAAUGGUGGUGGUGGAGCCAGUGGUGGUGGUGAUGGUAGAUUUGGCGGCGAAGGAGAUGGCGGUAAGGGUGGCGGAGGAGAUGGCGGUAAGGGUGGCGGAGGAGAUAGCGGUAUAGGUGGCGGUAAGGGUGGCGGAGGUGAUGGUGGUAACGGUGGUGGAGGUGAUGGUGGUAACGGUGGUGGAGGUGAUGGUGGUAACGGUGGUGGAGGUGCUAGUGGUAUCGGCGGCGGAGGACACUCUUUAGGGGGUGGGGGUGGAAGCUCGCACUCCUUGCACAUUAUGUGUGGAACUUGGUCGAGUUUUCCCACUGUUAAGGUUGUUUGGGUGGCGGUGGCUGUGACUGAAACAGUGGAGGAUAGGAGCAAAAUAACGAAGCACAUAAGAGGAAAAGGAGCCAUGUUUUUUGAGUUGGAAAUGGCUUUUGGUUACGAGGGAGACCGAUAUAUUAUAUGCUUGUGUAUUGGUGGCCCGUGGCCGCACCAUUUAUUGCUAUUUUAUCUUCUACGAUAUCGUCUCAUAAUCAUCGAAUAA